AUGGCCAUCGACCUCGUCACUUCUCUCCCCACGUACAUAUCCCCAGAGGAGCACAAAAACAUCAGUGCCUCCACCCCUGCGUCCUUUGCCGACAUCCCUCCUGUUCUCCGCCACAAGGAGGAAAAUGUUUCGGUAACGCUCGAUCCACCUCUCCCAGGAUUUUCCAGCGAGGAUGGGGCUAAUGGUGCACUCUACGUGAUCGAAAGUGCCCUCGUCUUCUUGUCGUCUACAGGACGCGGCUUCCAAGUCGACUAUCCCUCCAUCACUCUCCACGCCAUCUCACGUGCAGAGGCCGGUCCCUCCAUCUACUGCCAACUGGACGAACCUGCAGAGGCCGAUGCACCAGCAGAUGAGGAUGAAGACGCGUCUAGCAUGCGCGAACUUGUCAUCAUCCCCAAAAACUUGUCUUCGCUCGAGCCCAUCUUUGAGAGUCUAUCCUUUUGCGCAUCCCUCCAUCCCGAUCCCAAUGACGAAGACGAGAUGGAUGACGACGACGACGCGUUCGUCGACCCCGGCGAGUUUGAUACCUUCAACGGUAACGUCGACCAGGAGCUCAGUGAAGUCGGCAAAGUGCGCGGUGAUUUCCUCAAUAAUAACCGCUUCAACCCAUACUAG